UCUUCUACAACGAUCGAGUCAGAUCCCACUUCAUUGAUUAUUCCCUUUUCCUGCACUGAAAUUUCUGCUUUUCUUCAUUCGCAAAUGGCGACUGAUUUCUGGACAUCGACACACUACAAACAAUUACUGGACCAAGAAGAAGUAGAUGUGGUGCACAGCCUUGACAAAGAGAGGGGAAUCACCCUUGAAGAUUUUAAGCUCAUCAAAUUGCAUAUGACCAAUUAUAUUGCACGAUUGGCUCAGAAUGUGAAAGUGAGGCAAAGGGUUGUAGCAACCGCGGUAACAUAUAUGAGGCGUGCUUAUACAAGGAGAAGUAUGACCGAAUAUGAUCCACGUCUGGUGGCACCAACAUGUUUAUACUUAGCAUCAAAAGCGGAAGAAAGCACUGUGCAAGCAAGACUUCUUGUAUUUUACAUUAAAAAACUGCAUUCAGAUGAAAAGUACCGAUAUGAAAUUAAAGAGAUAUUGGAAAUGGAAAUGAAAAUUUUGGAGGCACUAAACUACUAUCUAGUCGUGUUCCAUCCUUAUCGUGGAUUGUCUCAGUUGCUUCAAGACGCUGGGAUGAGCGAUGCAACUCAAAUGACCUGGGGGCUUAUCAAUGACAGCUAUAGGAUGGAUCUAAUUCUGAUAUACCCACCACAUUUGAUCGCAUUAGCGUGUAUAUACGUUGUGUGUAUGCUCAAGGAUAAAGACAACACGGCUUGGUUCGAGCAGCUACGAGUUGACAUGAAUUCGGUGGAGAAAAUAGCGACAGAAGUACUAGAUUUUUACGACAACUACAAAAUCAGUGACGACAAAGUAAAUGCUGCGAUGCAAAAACUAACCAUGCGAACUUAAGAGCAGGGUUGGGUUCACGUGAGACCAGUCUGUUUUUAUGAUACCACAAAAUAACAACGAAACUUCAAACAAUUUGUUGUGAAGGUAUGAAAAACAACGAACCUUCAUAAAACACUCUGAAGGUUCAAUGUAUUUUACAUGGUCUCUCAUGAUCCCAAAUUCUUAAGAGCAUCUGCAUUUGUGACAUCUGUAAUGUAACAACCUGUAACGUAGUCGUAGAUGGAUAGGCCAUGAUUUCGUAUUUGCAUAUUCGGUUGUAUCUAACAGAUUAGAUCUAUGUAUUAUUUGUGUUUAUAUGUUGCUAGAAAGUAGAAACGAACAAUGUAACAAUAUGGUGUAUUUUAAUUAGUGUAUAUAUAAGUUUGUUUAACCAUCAA